CAUUGAGACCUCAUGACAAUCUUGGGACAGACUUUGGAGGGGGAAAAAAAACAAUAUAAGAACAGUAUUGCUACUGACAGAUUACAAAUCUGUCAUGAAUAAAGUGGAUUACUAGGUCAUCUUAGAGGUGCAGGGUAGAUGCAUAACUGGACUGAGUGAACAGAGACUCUUCAGUGCUCUCAACUUCUGUCCUCAUGGAUUGGCACUUGCGUCUGCUUCUUUCUUUGCUUGUGGUGUUUGCCGCUGAAGCCACCACCACAAAGCACAUGAAGGACUUCAUCAGAGCUGUGGAGAGCAUUGAAGCUGUGAAUCCAGGUCUUCAGAUGCUCGAUGUGGUGAAAGGUCUACGUAAGGCUGCUGGCUUUGAAACCGACCUCAUCAAGCGUUACCUCGGCGACCUCAGUGAUGCACAUGACCUUGUGGCAGAUCCAUCAGUCACUUCCUAUGUAAGCGAGGUCAUUAAUCACAGCCUGUCAGAGUUGGGUAAGGAGAAAGGUGUGGUUCUCACGUUAGAUGGUUCAAAUGUGGCGUUGGCCCCAAUGCUCCUCGGACUUGAGGCUGGGCUGCAGUCCACCGUCCAAGCCCUUUACCCUUUAAUCUUUACCGACAACCUGGUCGCCUCAUUUCUACAUCACGUCCACAACGAGCAAACCACUGUUCCUUUUGGCACUAAAGGAUUCUGGGAUAGCAUUUCAUCCCCAAAGGUCUACACUCUCUCUGAUUUGCCCUCCUUGGCGACCGACGCUCUAAUAACCGGAGGUAUAGACGGGUUCAUUCUCGGGUCAGAAGUUUCCACAUCUAACCAUCUUGAGCGAUCACUGAGUGACCUGCUGAAGAGUUACUACAGCCACCAGCCUGACGCCGCAGGGCUGGACGCAUCGCCCCGUCUGAUCAGCCAGAAACGAAGGAUGAACUUCAAAAAGCUGGUCAGCUUCUCUUUGCUGAAAAGCCAGAUGGUCCAGGCUCUAACAGUUCGCCGCAACUUAAAUGAGUCUGAGCGGAAGAGGCUGGAUGACGUUAUGAACGAAGGGUUUGACCAGUUUGUCCAUGUGUAUGCUGUCUGUCCCAAGAUCGUCACGAGGUCUCAAUGGGGAGCUGCAGCUUUCAUUGGUUCUCCCUCCUAUCUGUCUCUUCCUGUGCCAUACCUUUUCAUCCACCACACAUAUCAACCCUCCAAGCCUUGCACCACCUUUGAUCAGUGUGCCAGUGACAUGCGCUCCAUGCAGCGCUACCACCAGCAAAGCAAUGGAUGGUCUGACAUUGGAUACAGUUUUGUUGCAGGUUCUGAUGGAAGCAUGUAUGAAGGCCGUGGCUGGAAUUGGGUCGGUGCCCACACUUCGGGGUACAACUCCAAAGGCUAUGGUGUCUGUUUCAUUGGAGAUUAUACCUCCACCCUUCCCAUCAGGAGUGCACUGGACAUGGUGCGGUACGACUUCACAAGCUGCGCUAUAAACGGAGGCCGACUGUCCUCAUAUUACAACUUAUAUGGACACAGGCAAGCAAGUUCCACUGACUGCCCAGGAAACUCCCUCUACCGUGAAAUCCAGAAUUGGGCUAAUUGGGAGAGCUAUUUGCCUUGAUGACUGUGGUAUCAACAAUGAACGACUAAUUGUGUCUCUGGAAAACAGCACAUGUACUAAAUUUAUCACUCAUAAUAAAUGCAUUUUAAAAAUCA